AUGGAUACAAUAGAACCGUGCGAGACAGCUGCCCCCUUCGCGCGUCCCACCAGCUUGCCUGCUGCAGAAACCAGCAACAGCAACAACAACAGCAGCAACGCAACCACCACCAGCAGCAACAGCAACAACAACACACCCGCCAACGGCAGCAACAGCAGCAUCAGCAACAGCAGCAUCAGCAACAGCAGCAGGGAUUCAAUAUGGAUAGAGAAAUACCGUCCCCAGACCCUCGAUGACGUCGGGCCUCCCGGUACUGGGAAGACGUCCAGCGUCCUUUGCUUAGCUCGCCAACUCCUCCAAAACAAAUGGCGCAACAGCUGCUUAGAACUUAAUGCCUCAGAUGAACGGAGCAUUGAUGUCGUGAGGGAUCGGAUAAAAGGAUUUGCAAAAGAGAAGAGAGAUCUGCCGCCAGGUCGCCACAAGAUAGCCUUGCGACGCAUCAUGGAGCAGCAUAGCGACACGACGCGUUUCGCCUUGGCCUGCAACUCGUCGACUUCUGUCAUUGAGCCGCUGCAGUCCCGCUGCGCGAUCCUUAGAUUCACCAAACUCGCAGAUGCGCACCUGGUGCAACGGCUACGGGAGGUUUGCGCCAAGGAGAAUGUCACUUUUACGGAUGAUGGCAUAGAGGCCAUCGUGUUCUCCGCAGACGGCGACAUGCGCAGCGCGCUGAACAAUCUCCAGUCCACAGUCUCCGGAUUCGGCCUCGUCGAUAAGGCAAACGUGGAAAAGGUUUGCGAUACGCCUCCCCCGGAGAUGCUGCGCCGUAUACUGCAGCUCUGUGUGGCUGGUGAUUGGUACGGGGCACAGUCUGUUGCUCGCGUGAUUCUGGGCUUGGGUUAUACACCCUUGGAUGUCGUCACAACAUUAAGAGGGGUUUUGAGAAGGUCGGAUGGAGAAUUGCAAGAGCAUCUUCUUCUCGAAUUUCUCGGAAUUGUUGGACUGGCGCAUAUGACCAUGGCGGGGGGCCUUUGCACAGAGCUGCAGAUGGAGUGA